CUUCAAACAGGAAGACAGAUGCGCUGAGAUUAACUGAAAUUCACAAACACAAUCACAUGCAUUCGUGUUGGAUAAUAUCACGUGAUUGGAUUCAGGCCGGUUUAUCCAGUGCUAAAGGUUGUUGAAGGCAUAGCAGACAGGUUCGACAUGGAUACACGGAGCUGGGCUUUUCUAAUCUUGUGGGUUGGAGGUUGUUUUUGUCAAUAUGAACCUACUUGGGAGUCGAUUGAUUCGAGACCACUGCCUGAAUGGUUUGAUCAAGCAAAGAUUGGGAUCUUCAUCCACUGGGGUGUGUUUUCAGUCCCCAGCUACGGCAGUGAAUGGUUUUGGUGGUACUGGCAAGGGAAGAAAUUCCCAUCCUAUGUGUCCUUUAUGUCUAAAAACUACCCGCCUGGAUUCACAUAUCAAGACUUUGCGCCACAUUUGACCGCUGAGUUCUUCAAUGCCAAGGACUGGGUAGAUAUUUUUGCAGCAUCAGGAGCAAAGUAUAUUGUCCUCACAACUAAACAUCAUGAAGGGUUUACAAUGUGGGGCUCAAAGUACUCAUGGAACUGGAAUGCAGUGGAUGUUGGUCCAAAGCGGGACCUGGUAGAUGAAAUAUCCAGUGCUUUACGAAAGUACAGUGACCUGCGCCUAGGACUAUACCACUCUCUCUUUGAGUGGUUUAACCCGCUUUUCACAGAAGAUGAGGGAAAUAAUUUUACUACCACUAGAUUUCCUUAUGAGAAGUCCUUGCCUGAGCUUUAUGAGAUCAUAAACAAGUACAAACCAGAAUUGUUAUGGUCCGAUGGAGAUGGAGAUGCCCCAGACAAGUACUGGAAUAGCACAGGGUUCCUUGCAUGGCUAUACAAUGAGAGCCCGGUGCGGGACACUGUUGUGACUAAUGAUCGAUGGGGAAAGGAUAGUAUUUGCACACACGGCGGCUAUUACACAUGUGCUGACCGUUACAACCCAGGACACCUGCUGAAGCACAAAUGGGAGAACUGUAUGUCAAUUGACCAGCGCUCAUGGGGCUAUAGACGAGAGGCUAAAUUAAGUGAUUACCUCACCAUUGAGGAGCUGAUUAAGACCCUUGUGGAGACUGUGUCAUGUGGUGGGAAUUUGUUAUUGAAUGUAGGUCCAACACAUGAUGGUCGCAUUACUCCUAUAUUUGAGGAGAGAUUAAGGCAGGUGGGCCAGUGGUUGAAAAUCAAUGGUGAAGGAAUCUACAAUUCGACUGCUUGGAGAGUUCAGAAUGACAGCGUCACUCCUGGAAUUUGGUACACAUGGAAGGCACAGGAGAAGGCUGUCUAUGCAUUUUUGCUUUCAUGGCCAAGUGAUGGAUCUGUUAUUCUCAGUGACCCUGUAGUUUCUGAAGUUAAAACACAGGUGGUGUUAUUGGGUUACAAACAACUGAAGUGGGUCCCAACGAAGCCCACCGGCCUACAGGUUUACCUUCCUGCUUUGUCUCCUGCCGAGAUGCCCUGCUCCUGGGGCUGGACUAUUCGUCUGACUGGUGUAGAUUAGGGACAUAAAUCAUUAACAGAUUCCCUCAUAGGAUUAUUUGCAAUACUCACAUGAU